ACAUUGUGUGAUUUGCAAGAUAUUAAUUACCUUAACUAUAGCUAAUUAACAUGUGUAAAAAUCAAAUUCAAAUACUUAAGAUACCUUUUACAUAAAGUCAGAAAUUUCCAUAUCUAUUAAAAAUAAGAACCGUCAAAUACGAUUCUUCUUUUUAAGAGUCUUUAUAAGAGUCUUCACAGAUUUGUGCAUUCGAAUCACACAAACAAAGUAGUGUACAAAAAUGGGUUCCGCGUUCGAUCCCAAUGUCACGGUCACCGAGGAACCCGCCGUCGUCGACUCGCCGCCUCUCUCAAACCUCACGCAAGAAGAGCUCAAAAGAAUCGCCGGAUACAAGGCCGUCGAAUUCGUCGAAUCUGGAAUGGUCAUCGGUCUCGGGACUGGCUCAACCGCUAAAUACGCCGUGGCUCGUAUCAGCGAGCUUCUCCGUGAAGGAAAACUAAAGGAUAUAAUCGGAAUCCCUACUUCAACCACAACUCACGAGCAGGCGGUUUCACUGGGGAUUCCGUUAUCCGAUCUAGAUUCGCACCCAAUCGUAGAUCUAUCGAUCGACGGCGCCGACGAAGUCGAUCCUGCUCUGAAUCUGGUGAAAGGACGCGGCGGAUCGUUGCUUAGGGAGAAGAUGAUUGAAGGAGCGUCUAAAAAGUUCGUUGUGAUUGUCGACGAAUCGAAGCUCGUCAAGUACAUCGGAGGAAGCGGACUCGCCGUACCGGUGGAGGUUGUUCCGUUUUGCUGCGAUUUCACAAGGGGGAAACUCGAGGAGCUUUUUAAGGAAGCGGGAUGUAAAGCGAAGCUUAGGAUGAAGAAGAGUGGCGGAGAUGCGGCGCCGGCUGUGACGGAUAAUGGGAAUUACGUGGUGGAUUUGUAUUUGGAGAGAGAUAUCGGAGAUUUAGAGGCGGCGAGUAAGGAGAUACUGAGGUUUCCCGGAGUUGUGGAGCAUGGGAUGUUUCUCGGGAUGGCGACUACGUUGAUCGUCGCCGGCAAAUUCGGUGUUACCGUCAAGGAUAGGUUUGGGUAAAAUGGUCAUUUUCGAAAAUUAGGGUUUAUGGUUUGAUUUUUGGUUUUUGGUUCUCUCUCUCUGGUUCUGUAAACCCUUUUCUCUUAUUGGCUUAGAACUUUGACUUUUUUUUUUUUGUAGAACUUUGACCUUUUGUGUACUGUUUACUUGUUAGUGUUACAAACAUUCCCCCGGACCUUAGACUAA